GAUAUGCUAUCCAUUAUAAAAUUUUCGACAUUUAAUGCACAGUGAAUACCACUGAAACCAUGCUAUUAGCUCUCAGUAUUCAAUUUCUUCUGAUUUUUCGAACUACAUCGACAGAUUCAGCAAAUAUUAAAAACGAAACAUUGGCGUUAAAGUUUUUGAUUGAUCAUGACCAAUCCUUUGGAAUGCUUUGGAACAUAUUCUACAAAUCUGUUUGGGAAUAUGUGACGAAUGUUAAUGAACCCAAUAAAAAAGACAUGAACGAAAAAUCCGUGCAAUUAUUUAAAUUUGACAAAGAGGCGGCUGAAUAUGCAGGAAUGUUUGCAUACAAAAACUUCACGAACACAACUAUGAAACGACAGUUCAUCAAAGUUAUAGAGAGAGCUGGGUUAUAUACAAUCAACGAUUCAACACUUUUAGAUAAGAUAACAAGGACAAAAACAGAGAUUAGAAACUUACAAAGUAAUGCUAUCUACUGUCUGCCCCGGGAACACUGUCUCUACCGUGCAGGACUGGAGAAAAUCAUGUCCAAAAGUAGAUCACAUGAUGAACUCCUGGCAGUAUGGGAGGGCUGGCACCACAUGGCGGGAAGGAGUGUUAAAGACGAUUUCAUAAAACUCACCAAGUUAAUGAACAAAGCUGUAAAAUAUAAAGGCUACGACGACGUUGGAGAAUGGUGGGCAUCCUUUUACGAAAUGGAAUACUUCGAGAACGACAUUGCACGUUUGUUUAAAGAGCUGGAACCAUUGUAUCUGGAACUCCAUGCUUACAUACGUAAGCAGCUACUUAGGCAAUAUGAGAAGGAUAUAUUUCCACUGUCUGGUCAUAUCCCAGCUCAUUUACUAGGUUCUCUUGACAGUGGCAAACUGGAAACGAUUUACCAACUUAUAGAGCCCUUUCCAAAUAUAAGCAGGGUGGAUAUAACAAAGAAAAUGCAGAAAGGGCAGUUUAAUAUUACCCUAUUGUAUCGGAUCGCAGAGGACUUUUAUACCUCACUAGGUUUUGAACCAAUGGAUGAUGAAUUCUGGGAGAAUUCAAUGUUUGUCAAACCAACAGACAAACACGUAUUUUGUAAUCCUUCAUCGUGGGACUUCGGUGAUGGUAAAGAUUUUAGAAUAAAGGCUUGUACCAGGGUAGACGAGGAGAACCUAAUUAUGGCACAUCAUGAGGUCGGCCAUAUUGUCUAUUACCAAAGUUACAAACUUCAGGAUACCAUAUUCAGGAAUGGCGCUAAUCCUGCGUUCCAUGACGGAGUUGCUGGGCUGGCAGCUUUGUCUGUGAACACACCAGAGCACCUUCACAAAAUUGGUUUUACUGAAACAGUUAUAGAAGAUCCAGAAAGAGAUAUAAACUAUCUGAUGAAAUUGGCGUUAGAAAAAGUAGCGCUUUUACCCUAUGCAUAUGCAAUCGAAUAUUGGCGAUGGAGUGUAUUCAGGGAACAAUUACCUCCCUCGGAAUACAACAAGAAAUGGUGGGACUUCAGAUGCCGUUAUCAGGGAAUUUCCCCGCCAGUUAAACGAACAAAGGAAGAUUUUGAUCCUGGUGCUGUGCAUCAUGUUGCCACCAAUCAACCCUUCAUUAAGCAUUUCAUUAGUGUGAUAAUACAGUUUCAAUGGCAUGAGGCACUGUGUAAAGUAGCGGACCAUAAAGGACCCUUACAUAGGUGUAACCUGUAUGGAAGUAGAACAGCUGGGCAUAUUCUGAAAAAAGCCCUCGGCAUGGGAUCAUCUAAACCAUGGCAGAAUGUGAUGCGUGUUGUGACAGGACAGAGACGAAUGAGUGUCAAACCAUUGAUGAAAUACUUCAGUCCUCUUGUGAUGUGGCUGAGGGAGCAAAAUAAGGAGGAGAAUAUAGGCUGGGCGAGGUCCUGUCCCUCCAUUACACCCACAUCUCAGACAUCAACUCCGCUAGAUCACCCGGACAAGUACAUACGCUAUUUUCACUUGAUCCCUCCACUACAAAAGAAUCGAAUAAGAUGACUAAAGCUGUUCAGGUCACUGAAGGACUAAUCUGUAUAUAGUGAAGAAAAAGGGCAAGGCAUCGUGUCAUAUCAUUUAACAUCAGUUUUUUAUAUUUAUUUUGUAUUAACGUUUCCAUUUGUUUUAUUAAAUUGGUUUGUUACUUUA